AUGCCACAUUUGCUCAUUGUCUUUACAACAUAUCCAUCCCAGGAGUCUGCGGAAAAGGCUUCGUGCGACUUAAUAACUAGGAGGCUUGCUGCUUGCUGCCAGAUAUCCCAGGUGACAUCCAUCUAUCCGUGGAAAGGAAACGUUGAAAGGGAAACAGAGUACAAAUUGACUAUAAAAACAUUCACCUGUUUAUUUAAUAUGGUCAAGAAGCUUAUAGAAGAAAGCCACCCGUAUGAAGUUCCUGAAAUUGUUGGCAUAGAGGCACAUUCAGCAUCUGGGAGGUAUUCAGAAUGGAUGGAACUCUGCAUGGAUGUCCCCAGUAAGGGAGAUGCGUUGUAG